AUGGCAGAGCACAGUGAAGAUAGGCGCAGUGAUCUUCGAAGCCAACCGCAUAACCGCCGCCAAAACCAAAGGCGAGGCUCGCAAAUCCCAAGUUUGCCCACCUCGCGACGCCAACGCCCAACCACCCUCGACCUACGCUGCCAACGGAUGUUCCGGGCACAAAUCAGCCUUGUAGGAUAUCUUCGUACCAACUGCAGCAUCCGGGCUACACCAUCUGCGGUCUUCUUGUCCAACUCUGCCUCAUCCUCCAUGCCGACAACUAACAAUGACCGCCCUCCCGAACUGCCAUUAUCAUCCUCCUCCACUAUUGCCUCAACAUCCGCUACGGCGGCUCUUGUAACUACCACCGCUGCACACAACCCUGACACCAGCGAACAUCAACCUUCCACCCACAACGCCAGCGAUGUGGAAUCGAUCCAUGCCUGUGCUCAUUGCGAUCACACCUUCACCUCACACAUCGGCCUGGUCGGCCACUUGCAAAUCUAUCGCACAGAAACUGGCGAACCAGUGCCUGGAGCACCAACAAAUUUUUUUCAGACAUUGGGAAUAUUCGAGCUUUGCACCACUCUUUAA